AUGGAGAUUACGUGUGCCAUUUGAUUAUGUCGAAGACUCGUUUAAUGCCGCUUAAGACAGUCUCUAUUCCGCGCGGAGAAUUGAUGGCUUGUCAACUUGCUGUCCGACUGGCGAAGUCUGUCUGUGAGCAACUGGAACUUGACGAGUGUCGUGUCAAGUAUCUGUCUGAUUCAACGACUGCGUUAUGGUGGAUCAAGAGUGAGCCAAGGAAAUUCCGUCCAUUUGUUGCCAAUCGAGUGGCAGAGAUCCUGUCGGAGAGUGAUCCAAUUCAGUGGCAUCACAUUGGCACGAAGCUGAAUAUUGCAGAUAUUGCGAGCAGAGGAACGUCUGUAGCUGAUAUUUCCGCUGAUUCAACCUGGAUUCAGGGACCAGAGUUCUUAAAGUCUGAGUUCUCUGAGUGGCCUGUUGAUAAAGUUGCAGUUGAUUUUCCAGAGCCAAGUCAAGCGGAGUUGAAGAAAUCGGUUUUGAAAGCAAAGGUCGCACCAGCGAAGCAAGUUAUUGAUCCUGCCGCGUAUUCUAGCUGGAUCAAAAUCACCCGAAUAACCACAUGGAUAUUUCGCAUGUGUAACAAUCUGCGCAACAAAGAGAAACGAAUAUCGGGACCGUUGACUGUGGACGAACUCGAUAAUGCUAACUUGUACUGGAUCAAAUGGGGCCAGAGCGAUCGCUUCCAAGACGAAAUCGAAGCGUUGAGAAAGGGUCGUCCGGUUCCACGAGAUAGUCGUAUUGCAAGUCUUGAUCCCCAACUCGUGGACGGUGUUUUACGGGUAAACGGCAGAAUCGAAAAGGCGGAAAUUCCGUGGGAGUCGAAGCAUCCAGUUAUAUUGGACCACGGACAUGAUGUCACCCGGUUGAUCGUGAUCCACUACCACCGAAAACUUAUCCACGCGGGAGUCGAACACGUCUUUAAUCACGUACGUGAGAAAUACUGGAUUUUGCACGGUCGAGCCGAAGUUAAGAACUGUACAGUUAAGUGCCCACUAUGUUUUCGCCGUCGUGUUAAACCUAUGGCGCAGAAAAUGGCUAAUUUACCGAAUGUACGUCUCGCAGGCGCAAGUGUUCCUUUUCGAAACGUUGGGAUUGAUUAUGCCGGACCGUUUGAUACUCGAAUUGGACGCAAUCGAAAGGAAAAACGCUAUAUUUGCUUAUUUACGUGUCUCCAUAUGCGCGCGGUUCAUCUCGAGGUCGCACAUAGUUUGGACACUGACUCGUGUAUAAUGGCGUUGCGACGAUUUCAAGCUCGUAGAGGAGUCCCUGUUUGUAUAAUGAGUGAUAAUGGGACAAAUUUCGUAGGUGCCGAAAGAGAGUUGCGCGAAGCGUUGGAAGAUCUGGAUCAAGAGAAAAUCUCGAAUGAGUUAACAGCACGUGGAGUACGUUGGAUCUUUAACCCGCCUGCUGCCCCCUGGUUUGGAGGUGCCUGGGAAGCGUUAGUAAAGUCUGUCAAACGGGCAUUGAAAGUUAUGCUUGGGAAUGUUCUCACAGUCGAUGAAGUUUUCCUUACUGUCAUUGCCGAGGUAGAAGCGAUGCUGAACUCUCGUCCGCUUGUCUAUGGUGGAAGCAGUGAUUCACCAACAGAUCUCAGCGUGAUUACACCAAACCACUUCUUGCAUGGUCGUGCGAGUUCGAACGUGUCGCCCGGCGAGUUUAACCAACGAGAUAUGUCGUUACGUCGAAGAUGGCGUCAUAGCCAGUUCUUAGCGAACCAAUUCUGGCGCCGAUGGUCGAAUGAGUACAUUCCGCAGUUAAUAAAGCGAAGCAAAUGGAAUGUUGCACACAGAAAUCUACGUCGCGGUGAUCUUGUCUUGAUCGUUGAGAAGGACGUACCUCGUUCGCAUUGGAGGCUCGGAAGAGUGAUUGCACCGAUCGCAAGUGAGGACGGACUGAUCAGAUCCGCGGAGAUUGCAACGAAAACUGGAACAUUGACACGUCCUGUAGGACGGUUAGCAUUACUGGAAGCUUUUAAUGAUGAGUAACGUUCCCCCCGUUCACGUCACGGGCGGGGGUGUUUUGGACUUUGUCCAGUUUAUUAUAUAGUUCAUGUUAAUUUAUUAUGGUAAUAGACUUGUGUCCAGUAACAUUGAAAAUAGAGAGGUCAGAGGACGGAACGAACACAAAACGUUUUGAGAAACAGGGUUUUUCUGUAAAAACUGUUGAGUUGUACUAAAUAAAUAUAUGAAAACCUCAUGGUUAAUGAAAAUUACACGCCGUCUAUAACAGUAGCUAACCGUUUAAACUAGAAAAUAAGGCCAAAACGUUGUAGUUUUUGAGAGGUGUGUCAAGAAGAUUUUUGGUUUUGUAAGCUAAUUUUCAUCGCAAAUGUACGCGACAUAGAAAAUCCCUGGUAAUAAGUCAAUUUAUUAUUUUUGUUACUAUUAUAUAUCAAUUCACACAUCCACAGCCAUCCUGUAAUCUCAUGGCAGACGUAUCUAAAAAUAUAAGACAGGGUUCGUACAAAACUUGAAAAUCCUUGAGUUUAUAAAGACGUGCUCGAAAGUCCUUAAAUUGUUCUUGCUUUAGUGGAUAUUUUCUGAAAUUGUUUGGCAUUAAGAAUUGGACAAUUGACAUUAAAAAUUGUUUGGCAUUAAGAAUAUGACAAAGGCCAAAGUUGUUUGAACAGUUCGACGUCACUUUUUGUUGAUUUCUAACGCCUUCUUUUCAGCCUUUAGUCCUUGAGUUUAUUAAACGGCUUCAAACACGAC